UGAGAGUUGACCCCGAGAAGAUCCAUCCCAACCCUGCGAGUAGCUUCUCCUUACUCCACGCCGCGUCUGUCUUACAAGUCGUCUUGGUGUUGUCGGAGCUAGAUGGGGGGCGGGGGGCGUGCCAGACUUGUUUCUCCGAUGUGCUGUUUCCUCAGGUGAAUAGCGUCGUCCUUCAAAGAUUAAGGCGUUUCUUGAGGUCCAAAUUUCCCAUAGAAUCCACGGGAGGAUGUUGAGGGAGAUCCCUGAUGGCGGUAGACAAAUGUGCUUCCUGAAGCUGACUAUUGCGUCCUUGAAAGUGGCGCCUACAGCUAGGUGAACUGUUCUAUGAAGAGGGAUAAGUUUCCAGACUUCCAUCGCAAAGUGGCAGGGUUAUUUUCAGCGAAGUAGCCUGAUUUGGUAGAAUAAAUACCAGAGGCUGUCGGGUACCAGAUGAAAGUAUCUUCCGCUCCCUUGGUGCUUGGUUGGAUGCAUUUUAUCUGCUCCUCUAACUCAGGGUUUUACUUACAUCGAAAGAUGAAUCCCAGUGCCAGCAUGAUUGACACGGUUGAAGGCGAGCUCGAGGUGACACAACACGUGGAGGCUUCCAUGUCGGAUUGCACUAAGCUUCCGACCAAACGCAAGGCCGAGACGUCUCUAGAGGCGGAUCCUGUCGAAGGCGAAGGAAGCCGACAAGAGGAGCACGAGGAGGAAAAAGACAGCGCAGAAAGCGACCAGGUUUGGGAUGUCGACAGUUUCGAUUCAGACUACGAGUCGCCAUCGGAGGAGGCUACGGACUCGGACGAAUUCGAGCUGCGUCGUUAUAUGCGCCAUCUCUACGAGAGCCGGGGUUUCUUGUUGGAUAAAGGGAUGGUUCCUAGGAAUCUGCUUCAAGGGUGGCGCUGUUUGAAUCUGGACGCCAUUUUUAAAAAGCCCAAUAUCACGGGGCGUGAGUACAUGGAGACUAUGGCUCAAGUGGCGAUUGACAAAUACAACCAAACAAAGAAUAAGACAGUGACGCUUGACCAUAUCGUGAGGGCCGUGAAAAGGAUGAGCCAUGGAGUCAAAGCUUAUAUUACUUUCAUGGCUAGGGAGACUCCUGAUGGAGAGCUUGUCGAGUAUCAAGCUAAGGCUGAGAUUAAUGUGUGGCAGACUAAGAUUCAUCCCAUCCUUUGCAGACCCACCUCCUAAAGAUUGAUGACGUCGUUGAGCUUUCCGAUGCCCCUGACCUACGGGAAGGAAGACUAAACUGAAGUAGUUUUAGUUUAAAAACAUAUAUAUAUAUAUAUAUAUAUUGAAUUAUGACAAGUCGAGUUAUGUUUGUCUGAGGUUAAACUGAACUGGAUAUAACAUAAAGAAUGUGAAACUCUAACUUGAUGGUAGAAAAAACAAGUUUCAUCCAUUUAGAAAACAAAAAAAGAAUUAAACUUUAUAGAGCAAACAAAAGAAUAACCGAUAAAGCCUGAAUGUAAUGUAGUUAUGCAAACUUUGAAAAGAUAUUGUCAUUACCUUAGUAAUAUUGCCAAUAAUUAAUGAAAAAAAUAACACUAUUUUGCCACGAAUAAAUAAAAAGUAAAUUUGCUGUCCAAAAAAAAAAAAAGUAAA